AGACUGCAAUGCAAUCACUCCUGAGCCAAACCUCCUUCUGUCACAUCCCCACAAGCUUCACCUUUUUUGAUUUUGAGGGAAAAAGCCAGAAUGAAGACUUUGGAUAAACUAGCAACAAGUCCUCAAUUUGAAGGCGCGAGAUUUCUUAGCAUUCAGUGACUCACUCAAGUCACCUGACUCAGAAUGACGCACGUUCACUAUUAAGUGAUUUAUUCUGAGUCUCCUCACCUGUUUUGUGUUUUUACACCUCUCAAGUGCUGCGUGCGCGGCCCCGACGAGGCGUGCGCGUGAUGGGCUCCCUCAUUUGGACCCCGGCCACGCUACCUGCUUGGAAAACCACUUUUUUACUUUUAAACAUUAUCUCAGCCGUCGUGAGCAAAAGACACGCAGUGUACUGGAACUCCACUAACAGCAGGUUAACGGCAGGCGAACUGUCCAUCCAGGUGAACCUGAACGACUACCUGGACUUCUACUGCCCUUACUACCCCAGCCAGCAGACGCUGGGCCCCAAGCAGCCGGAGACGCUGGCCCUCUAUCUAACAGAGGAGGCCACCUUCCAAGGCUGCGUGGAGACGCCGGUGGCCAUCAAGCGAUGGGAAUGCAACACCCCCUUCGCCCCGUUCGGCUCGGUGCGCUUCUCGGAGAAGAUCCAAAGAUUCACCCCGUUCUCGCUGGGGUUUGAGUUUCUGCCAGGGCGCCACUACUAUUAUAGCUCUCUGCCUGCAGAUGAAGGCCCGCCGCUGCCGUGUAUGAAGCUGCGCGUCACCGUGUGCUGCGAGACCGGGGGCGGCCAUCUUGCCACUUGUUGUCGCCUGAAAAUGACAUCACAGCAGCUCAGGUAACGGCCAAUCAGCUUAUGAACGUCACAUGACCAAACUCGGAGAACAAAAAAAAACACCUUAGCGCUAAUGCUCCCUCCAUCCACUCUGAAAAUGACACUGCCACCUACUGUAAUGGAUGUGCAAUUACACUCAGGGAGGUCCCGCCCCCUGCUGCACAAAUACUAGAAUCAUAGAUGUAAAUGAAUGUGAACGCACUUCUCUUCGUGGCUACCUUGGAAAGGUAAUACCUGCCCGACAAUCAGUUAUUACCUCAGCCAAGCACAAAGACAAGCAAUCUUUUUUUUAUUGCCGUUUGUUAGCAAGAUUUGGCAAAAAACGCACAAUCGAUUCAAAGUUUCCCUAUGGGAAAUAAUGCAAAGCCAAUCGUUUGUUCCUGUCCUGAGUCUGUCACCAUCAUAAAACCAUUAUUAACUGGACAGACAAUAUUCUUUAUUAGCGACAGGAAAGUCAAGUUAACGACUAAAAAAAAAAAAGGAACAUUACUCACCCUUUGAAAAUGCCAGACUGACAGGUAAAGUGUGCUGGAACAUGUUUGCCGAGCUUCGUGUGCUUAUGAAUUUACAUCUCCCGGGGGGGGGUGUAGAGUUAUGUAACUAAAUGUGGAAAAACAACAAAGGCCAAAAUGACACCAAAAAAAAAAUCCCAAACCUUAAAAGAGACCAGGCAAAAGAUCACAGAGUGCAUCAAUUUAAAAUAUAAUUUCAUUUUUGUGUGCGUUCAGAGCGUUCACAUGGAGCUCAAGUACGAGCACGUCCUUACAAGCUCAGCAAUAGCAACCGUGAUCGGGGUGGGGAAGCUAAAUUCAAGUGAAUGAUGACGAAAAAACGAUGGUGACAAGGAGAGUGCACUAACUCUAAGGAGAAUGGAAGCGUGAGGCUGAUGGGGCUGAAACACAUCGGGACUAAUGAGCCCAAGCAGCCCGGGAGGUGAGACGCUAGGACAAACAUGCUGUUGAUUUACUUGACAGUGUGGAAGGAAUGACUUGUGAUUGUGAUAAAAAGCAAGUGAAGAACAAAAGACAAGUUGAUUUUCCUCAGCUGUUACACAUGGGAACAUUUUGUGACCAGUAUUUGAAUACAAUUAUGAGUACCUUAUAUUAAAUAUAUAACUUCAUUUUGUAUUAGUUCACUUUAAACGUUUCUACUAUCCGUGCAAUCACGUUGCUUGUUCGAGGAAAACAUUUUACCAUCUGCCUACCUGCAGAAUUGUACGAGACAGGCUGUUAGUAUCGGGUGUCAUAGUAUCGGAGUACUUUAUAAAUGUAGAAGUACGAUGGGACACUAGAAACGAUACGGCUGCUUGAUAAUAACAAUAAUAACAAUAAUAAUAAUAAUAACAAGAAUAACAAUAAUAAUAAUAACAAAAAUAAUAAUAACAAUAAUAACAAUAAUAAUAAUAACAAUAAUAAUAACAAUAGUAAUAAUAACAAUAAUAAUAACAAUAAUAAUGAUAAUGAUAAUACACGUUACUGUAGGAAAAUGUUUCUAAGAAAAAAAUAUUUAACUUGUACCCUACGCCGAGCGUGGGUGAAGGCCCGCUGUGCCGACCCCCACCCCGCCCCCCUUUCCUUCUUAACCCGGGCCGCUAUCGAUCCCAAGCGUGCCACGCGACAGUGCGCGAGCGGAUCGAUGCGCCUGGAUUCAAUCAUGUCUAGAGAAAGACAAGCCAAUUUAUUGUCGUUGGCGGUGCUGAAUGGAAAACGUGAGGACAACGCGCCCGUGAGGGCCGCCAAGUGAAUUACAAGUGGACGUCACUUUAGUGUGUGUGUGUUGUGGCGUGCGUGAUCUAAAAUAUUCCAAUAAUGUUUAUUUUGGAAUGCUUUCUCGUUAGGCUGUCCGUCCUCACGCGCGUCUUAUAAACUUUUAUAUUCUUUCAUUGGCUAGUUAGGAUUGAAGCGUAUUCUGCCUGGCAACAGGACUCGUCGCCGGAUUCAUUAGACCAAUAACAAACAAACAAAACAUAAUGACGUAUGAUGUCCGUGUGAUUUAAAUCCAAAUGGAAAAAAAUAAUUUAGAAAAAAAGCAUAUGCACAACUUUGGAAGAAGCUGAACGCGGAAAAUAUUAGGAUACCUCAAUUUCUUUCAACAGUAAAAAUCUUAAAAUCAAUUUCAAGACACACAUUAAUAUGGGUAUUGUAGUUUUCCUGGUGUGUAGACGACUGAAAGGAAACAUAUCAUGAGAAUUGACUUUUUAUUGAGCUUGUAUAGAAAUAAUUAAGUCUUUGAAUUGCCUGGCCACCCAUCAAGAGUGAAAUGAAACAACUAAGUCAAUCCUUCAUCUCACUGUUUUUGAAAAUGUGUCAGAGAGUGAGCUGUUCUGCACUGUGUAAUCUAACAGUGGGCCCAAUUAGUUCAAUUAGCCAAGGGCGGUAUCGCAUCAUUUGCAGUCUGAGUCUCGGGAAUGGUGAACAUCUGCUCGAGAUGGAGUCGAGUCUUCGAUACCACCACAACAGGAUUUGUUGUCAUUAAAAAAAAAUGUUGCUUAAAGUCUCUAAAUAGAGCAAGAGUCCCAAAUUUGGCAUCACCGAGUAGCUUGCCUGAGCUCCACCUGCAGUUGUCAUGGUAACAAAAGGUAUGGUUUGCAUUUGGAGGAGACACAACCACCCUCUGGCCCAGUAACUGAUUAUUUAUAUCUGCAGAACCUCUAACAAAAAUAUUUGCACAUCAUCCGUGGAAUCAAUAUUUCAAGUUAUUCAGUCAUUUCUGCAUUUUAUCGGAUUGAAUAGCGAAGCUCACGCUAAAUCAAUAGUCACAUGACCAUAGAUAAAGACAAUUUGAUUACUUUAUUCAGCAGCGUAAAAAGCUUAUAGCUCAGUAAGACACACUUUAGCAUUUACAAAUACAGUUCUUUUUUUUUGAACGGCUAUUUCUGCAACUGAACGGACUUUGAAAACAAAAACAUGUUUGUGUACAGGCGUGUAAGUGUCAGGCACGGGAAUUCCGCUCCUCUUCUUCAUUUUCUAAUAGGUAGGCUGGCUGGAAGCGCUUCACUCCUCUUUCAUCCACCACUUGCAGCGCCGCGUUUCGACACGUGUUGUCCAUGCUGCCCAGGGACGUGUA